UGGUUUCGUACCUGUGGCUCCUGCCGCCAGCCCAACCUGCAUCAACAUGCGGUUCCCAUUCGACUUCCCGAAAAGGCGAGAUUCGUUUCGACUCCAAGAAGCCCUUACCGACAUGAUUUGAGUUUCCAAUUAGAAUUCCGCGUCCCCUAUUUUGGAGCCACCACGAUAGGAUCUCCACACCCGCUCAAGACAUGGCUCUCUCUACCUCAAAUUCCGUUUCCAUAGCCCAAAACUUCCAUCACGACCUCCCUUCUCGUGCUUCCUUCAUAAGAACAACAACAUUAUCAAUUUUGAAAACAAGAAGAAGAAGAAGAAGAAGAAGAGACAGAAGUGGCACCCAAGCCCAUCAGCUGCUUGUGAUAGUGAAUCCUUUAUGCGACUCUAAUCCGCUAACCUGUCGUCUUCCUCGCUCCUCUUUUUCCCCGAUGCAAGACACUUCUUCCUCUUCUACUUAUUCGCCGCGUGCGACAGUUCGGAGCUCGCUGAUCGAGCCCGACGGCGGCGCGCUCGUGGAGUUGGUGGUGCCGGAGGCCGAGCGUGCCGCGAGGCGGGCGGAGGCGCCUCGAUUGCCUGCGGUGAGGAUCGGGCCGGUCGACCUGGAGUGGGUCCACGUGGUCGCGGAUGGGUGGGCGAGCCCACUGAGGGGGUUCAUGAGGGAGGCGGAGUACCUGCAGAGCCUGCAUUUCCGCUCGCUCCGACUCGCUGAUGGCUCCGUCGUGAACAUGUCUCUGCCGAUCGUUCUCGCGAUUGGGGACGAGGAAAAGGAGGCCAUCGGGAAAGCGCCGGAUGUCGCUCUGACUAGCCCCGGCGGCGAUUUUGUUGCCAUUCUCAGAAGAAUUGAAAUAUACAAGCAUAACAAAGAAGAAAGAAUUGCUAGAACAUGGGGAACAAUAUCUCCUGGGUUACCCUAUGUUGAGGAGGUAAUUAUCCGGGCUGGAAAUUGGUUGAUCGGUGGGGAUCUUGAAGUGUUGGAACCAAUCAAAUACAAUGACGGUCUUGACCAAUACAGGCUCUCUCCUCGAGAAUUACGCAAGGAAUUCGACAAACGUGAGGCUGAUGCUGUAUUUGCUUUUCAGUUGAGGAAUCCUGUACAUAAUGGCCAUGCCUUGUUGAUGAAUGACACCCGUAGGCGCCUCUUAGAUUUAGGCUAUAAAAAUCCUUUAUUACUACUUCAUCCUUUAGGAGGUUUUACCAAGGCAGAUGAUGUGCCCUUGUCUGUGAGGAUGGAACAACAUAGCAAGGUUCUAGAAGAUGGAGUCCUUGACCCUAAGACAACCAUUGUGGCAAUCUUUCCUUCUCCUAUGCAUUAUGCAGGGCCAACAGAAGUACAAUGGCAUGCUAAAGCACGGAUUAAUGCAGGUGCUAAUUUCUAUAUUGUUGGUCGUGACCCUGCCGGAAUAAGUCAUCCAACUGAGAAAAGGGAUUUAUAUGAUCCUGAUCAUGGGAAAAAAGUAUUAGGCAUGGCUCCAGGCUUGGAGAAACUUAAUAUUUUGCCUUUCAAGGUAGCAGCUUAUGACACUGUGGGAAAGAAGAUGUCAUUUUUUGAUCCUUCUCGUGCUCAAGAUUUUCUCUUCAUCUCAGGAACUAAGAUGCGUACGUAUGCUAGAAUUGGGGAGAACCCUCCUGAUGGUUUUAUGUGCCCUGGUGGAUGGAAUGUUUUAGUGAACUAUUACCAGAGCUUGCAAAAGGAAGAAACAGGAAAAGAAUCUGCUGUUGUGUCUCUCAAAUCAUAGUAAACUGAUGGCAUGCAUGAACAUUGGGAUGGUGAUUUGCCACGCUCGUAGAUCAGAAUAUCCCAUUAAGCAGAGUUUAUUUCUUUGGCAAUUUGGUUUUGUUGCUUUUGGUGUCUGUCCCAAACUGAGCAUCUGGUUUUUUCUAUCAUCCAUUGAAGUUCCUUUAGGAAUACUGUCAAGUUAAGAUAUUACAGUCAAAUCGAAUUUACAGACAACUGGUUCUUGCAGUAUAGGAGAGGAGGGAGACAUUUGUUGUUCUAUCCAAUCGAAUUAUUAUGCUCGCUGUUCUCUAUGCA